GAUAUUGUCACAUGUGAUGUUAAUGGGAGACAAUCAUCCACGGAUUAAAUGUUGUAACAAUUUAUUAACAAAUAAUUUCUAAAAGAGAUGUCUUUGUCCGAUGGAUUAGUGGUAAAAAUUUGCGACUUUUGUGCUGAACCCGUGAGUUUGUUCUGUACAAUUUGUAACGAAGGACUCUGUCAAUUAUGUGUAUCUGGGCACUUAGAAACUGACAACAAAAGUGGCCAUUUUGUUUGCCUGUACAGAGAAAGGUUUUCUGGCAAAUGCAAGGGAUUUUUGUGCAGAAUACACACAACAAACACGUGUGAAUGGACCUGUACUUCCUGUUCCCAGCCUGUCUGUGACGUAUGUUUAAAGAUCCAUUCAAUACAUAAUGUGAUAAGAAUACACACUUUAAUAAGGCGGAAUAUCAAACAACUUAAAGAUGAACUGUUUACAUUAAAUGUACACUUUAAACCGUAUUACGAGAAGAUGAAAAAAGACAUUUAUUCAUGUAUUGAUGGACAGAUAGGGAAAAUCAAUACCGUGAGUCAAGUUUUGGCGCCCUUUUCAAAUUCUCAAACAUCGCAACGAUUUGCAUUUAAUUUUGAAUGGAAAGAAUGUUCUCGGAAGCUAUUGAGAAGAGCAGAUACUGCAUUAAAACAAUUCAGUGUAAGUCUACCUCAGGACAUUUUAUUUCUUGCUCUUAAGAUCGAAAGAAGGACAAAAAUUAUCGAAGAUUAUUCACAAGAAAUAGCAACAAACUUACUGGACUACAAUUUUCUACAAAAGUUACAUGUUCGUGUAAACUUCAAUCCAAUGAUUACAAAAUUAAGUGCCAAGAAUUGCUUUUCUGAAGUAUUUAAAACAAUCGAAACAUAUAGACCGACGAAUUCAGCCGGAAAGCAAGCAAGAAAGAAAUUUCAAGUACAGUGCGAUUUUAACUCAAGUCCAUCGUUUUUACCAGAACGUCCACACCUGUAUCCAAAACCAAUGAAAAUGGUGACCACUAUCAGAAAGAGUGAAAAAGAGCUUUCUAUUCCGAACGUGUACAAUGACUCAUCUCAUUUUAUUGUCAGUAACCUGGAAGGUCCAGUGUACUUGGUGACAGUGCUUGUAUUUUCUCAUGAUGGAACUUCCCGCAUGCAUGGCCUGUCGGUACAGAAUCUCCACGGAGAAGUUGUAUGUGAGAAGAGUACCGAGGUGGUAACUCAUAAAAGUCCUCUGCACUGUGCUAUGGCUUUGAUAUCAAAUCAAAAGUACCUCAUAGCCGUUUAUGAUGUGCUGAUGGAAUUUGAUCUUGAAGAAACUUUUGUAAAAACGUUGCGUAAAGAACAGUACUGGAGGUACAUAGAUGUAAGCUGCACGUACACAGGCUUCCUGCUCAUUGUCCAAGAGAAGAAGCAGAGAGGUCGUCAUCGAGAAUACAGAAUUUCAAAAUGUGAUUACUGCGGAAGGGUUCUACAAGUAAUUAAAUUUGAUAAGAGUUUUGUUCACUAUCCGUUCAAAAUUCAGGAGGAUAUACAUGGUGACGUUUGGCUUAUAGAUAAAGGUACAGGUAGGUUACUUAUUUUAGAUCCGACUGGAAAAGCAGAAGGGACAUACCAAGCAAAAGACUUUGGGAAACCACAUCUUCUUUUGUGUGACAAAUUUGGGAACACUGUUGUCUACAGUCGAGGACAACCAGCAAUUCAUUUUAUUGGUGAAAAUCUGACAGAGAUACAACCAAUCAAAUUGAGAGGGACUGUUAUAAGAAGUCUAUGUUGUGAUAAUGAAGACAGACUUAUCUGUUUGUGUGACUCUGGUGAGGAGGAGUUUGAAAUUCAGAUUUUUACUUAUAUGGGAUAGUUCAAAGAGGUGAACUAGACAUUGGAUUCCAGUUUCAAUGAACGACUUUAUUUCAAUACGGAUUGUUAGAUGAAUGAUAUCUUGUAUUUCUUAAAAUUGUAUCUUGAUAGACCCUUUAUGUGAAACAAAUAUAGGUCAUAUAAUUAUCAAACCUCAAUAUCUCAUAUUUAUGGCGUUAUUUUGAUCAAUCUUAGUUUUUUUUCUUCUUUUUUAUCAAAUAUAGGUACAUGUGUUAGCCUUGCAAGAUCGAGUCCAGUCCUAAAAAUAGACCUUAAAAUUAUCUCUAUUCAAAAUUUUAUCAAAGCUAUACUGCAUUGAAAUGAUUUUAAAUUUAUUCAAGAAUUUUCAUAGUUAUCAGCAAGUAUCCUUUUUGAAUAUCUGAAAUAUUGUAUGGUGAUGUAUGAUAAUGAUAUUUUUUUCAGUUUUCUUAAGAGAGGCAGAGAUUGAACAAACGAAAUCUAACAACUAAAAUUAUCGAAACGCGGCGCAUUACUCUGCCUCUUCUCUCAACUAUAGCUUUGUUUGAAGUUCGUGAGUUAUUUGUUAUCAAGUAUUGGUGAAUAAAAUUAUUUUUUCAUGUCUUCAAUAGGCAAAACUUCAGUUGUCAUUCCACGUCAGUCAACUGUGCGUCAUUCUCACGAAUUUUUGAAACAUGGUUAUGAUAUGAUAUAUUCUGCAAAUGUUGGUCUUUAACGAAUGAAUUCGAACACAAUUGUUUUCUACAGGGAUAUUACACACGUAACAAAGGAUAGUUGCUUUAUGUCCAGAGGUAGUUGACUUGAUUUAAUUACUUGGGAGAAAAAAUAUUGUUCCUGGUGCAUUUCCUUCUUUGCUACCACCUGUGUUUUUUCAUUGUUACGAUUUUUCCAUCGGUUUUAUUUGGUUUAUCCAGGGAUAU